GGCCUCCCGCUGUUUGUCAUGCGCGUGUUGUGAUCGUUCGAUGUUUUGCAAAAAUUGUGAAACAGUUUUACUUCCCUGAGACUCUAACAGAUGGGGCUUAUAUCACUCCAAAACAGCUAGCAGCCUCAACUGCAAGCAUGUCUGUAUCAGACGACUCAGAUCUUAGCGAAGAUGGAAUCCAUCUCAGAAUUGACUCAAACAACAGCACAAACUUUCAUAAUGUGGUCACUCCAGCAGAAUUUGUGAGGAAGUUUGGAGGAACCAGAGUUAUUGAAAAGGUGCUGAUUGCAAACAAUGGAAUUGCAGCAGUUAAAUGCAUGCGUUCUAUCCGACGAUGGGCCUAUGAGCUCAUUGGUAACGAGAAAGCCAUCAAGUUUAUCACCAUGGUAACCCCAGAAGAUUUACGGGCCAAUGCAGAAUACAUCAAAAUGGCUGAUCAUUACUCGCUAGUACCUGGCGGCUCAAACAACAAUAACUAUGCCAAUGUUGAUCUGAUUUUGGAUGUUGCCAAACGAAUUCCAGUGCAGGCUGUGUGGGCAGGGUGGGGUCAUGCUUCAGAAAAUCCAAAGCUUCCAGACCUCCUCUCCAAGAAUAACAUCACAUUCAUUGGUCCUCCUGCAGAAGCUAUGUGGUCCCUUGGGGACAAGAUUGCCUCUACAAUCAUCGCCCAAACUGUUGGCAUACCUACACUUCCCUGGAGUGGCAGCGGUCUGGUGAUAGAAAACCAUACGGAAGUACUUGAGCAGGGAGGGAUGCUUACUGUCCCUGAUGAAUUGUAUGACCAGGCAUCCAUGAAUGAGGUCACUGAUGGACUAAAGAUCGCCAGAUCUAUUGGUUAUCCAGUAAUGAUAAAAGCAUCAGAAGGUGGCGGUGGGAAAGGAAUAAGAAAAGCGAACAAUGAUGACGAGUUCACAAACUUCUUCAGACAGGUGCAGAUUGAAGUCCCAAGCUCACCUAUCUUUAUCAUGAAAGUCGCCGAACAUUCUCGUCACCUUGAGGUGCAACUCCUUGUUGAUGAGUAUGGAAAUGCAGUGUCUCUUUUUGGGAGAGACUGCUCCGUUCAGAGAAGGCAUCAGAAGAUCAUUGAGGAAGCUCCAGCAGCUGUUGCCAAACCUGAGACCCUUCGCAAGAUGGAGGAGGAUGCUAUUAAUCUUGCGAAGGUAGUAGGUUACGUGAGUGCUGGUACAGUAGAGUACCUCUAUAAUCCUGAUGAUGACAAGUACUUCUUCCUGGAACUCAACCCCAGACUCCAGGUGGAGCACCCAUGUACAGAGUUUAUUGCCGAUGUUAACCUUCCAGCUGCUCAACUUCAGGUUGCUAUGGGAGUUCCUCUUCAUCGAAUCAAGGAUAUCCGAGUGCUGUAUGGCAAGUCAGCAUAUGGAAGUGAUAACAUCGUGUUUGAGCCGCCUCCACCAUACAAGAAGCCUAAAGGUCAUGUGAUUGCUACCAGAAUCACAGCAGAAAACCCUGAUGAGGGGUUUAAACCGAGCAGUGGCACGGUGCAAGAGCUGAAUUUCAGAAGCAUGAAAGACGUGUGGGGGUACUUUAGCGUGGCGGCAUCUGGAGGCUUGCAUGAGUAUGCCGACUCACAAUUUGGUCACCUUUUUGCAUGGGGAGAGGAUAGAGAGGAUGCUAGAAGAAAUAUCGUUCUAGCCCUUAAAGAAAUCUCCAUCCGUGGCGACUUCCGCACCACCGUGGAAUACUUGAUCAAACUUUUAGAGAAAGAUUCAUUCAAGAGCAACAGGUUCAGCACAAACUGGCUGGACUCAUUAAUAGCAGAGCGUGAACAGACUGAGAAGCCAGAGCCUAUCCUAGGGGUCAUCGCCGGCGCGAUCCAUGUAGCAGAUGCUACCAUAACAAAGAGAUUCGCCAACUACAGGGAUGCGCUUGAGAGAGGUCAGAUUCUCCCGGAAGAUUGCCUUGGUAACUCAGUAGAUGUUGAACUCAUCUACGAAGGCUACAAGUAUUGUCUGACAGCCACCCGCCUUGGACCCAACUCAUUCUUCUUGCUCAUGAACGGCUCCUUUGUUGAAAUAGAGACUCACAGAUUGAGCGAUGGUGGGUUGCUUCUUUCUUUUGAGGGCCACUGCCACACGUCAUACAUGAAAGAGCAGAUUGACAGCUAUCGCAUGACUAUUGGAGGAAUGACAUGGGUCUUCCAGAAGCAAAACGACCCCACGGUGCUCAGAGCUCCUUCUGCUGGAAAGCUGAUUGGUUACCUUGUUGAGGAUGGAGGUCACGUGUUCCAGGGAGAAACAUAUGCAGAAAUAGAGGUGAUGAAAAUGGUCAUGCCUCUCACUGUCACCGAAAGUGGAUGUCUGCACUAUGUCAAAGGAGGUGGGGCCGUUUUGGAUCCUGGGACAAAGGUGGCCACUCUUGAGCUUGAUGAUCCGAGUCGUGUUACUCAGGCUCAACUUUAUACCGGUACUUUCCCAGUCUCUGAAACGAACUCCAUACAGAAAGGAAUGAAGCUACAUCAAGUUUAUCAAAUUGCCAAAGAAAACCUGCAGAAUGUGAUGGACGGGUACUGUGUGGACGAGCCCUAUCUUACGCCAAGGCUUGAAGAGAAUGUAGAUGUUUUGCUCAAGUCAUUACGCAAUCCAGCCCUUCCGCUUCUUGAGCUCAAGGAGAUGAUAUCAUCUAUAGCCGGUCGUAUUCCACUCAGUGUGGAGGAUGCUAUCAAACGCCAUUUGGCCAAUUACGCCAGCAAUCUCACUUCCUUACUCAGCCAGUUUCCAAGCCAACAGAUUGCCAAUGUGGUAGAUGCACACGCCUCUACCCUGACGAAGCGCGAAGAGAGAGAUGCAUUCUUCCUCAACACUCAGGGCAUUGUACAACUCGUACAGAGGUAUCGUAAUGGCGUCCGCGGUCACCUUAAAGCCGUCGUGCUUGCGCUACUAAGGAAAUACCUCCAAUCCGAGAUCCUCUUUAAUGAAGGGAACUUUGAGAAGUGUGUGAUAUUGUUACGAGCUCAGAGCAAGAGCAAGGACCUGUCGUCAGUGGUCUCGACUGUCUUCUCUCAUGUGAACGUCUCUAAGAAGAACAAGCUCGCCAUUACGCUCAUUGAUCGCUUGUGUGGUUACGAACCUGGUCUGUCUGAUGAGCUUCACAGUAUUUUGCAAGAGUUGACGCAUCUUAACAGACAAGAGCACGCUAAGGUUGCACUCCGAGCGAGACAGGCUCUAUUGGCGUCACAGCAGCCAUCCUACGAGCGAAGACACAAUCAAAUCGAGUCCCUCUUCCUCUCUGCCGUUGACAUAAUGGGAAGCCAGUUCUCGCCUGAGUCACUUCAGAAACUGAUUUACUCCGAGACGGCAAUCUUUGACGUGUUACCAAGCUUUUUUUAUCACAAAAAUGAAGCAGUCAGAAAGGCAGCACUUGAGGUCUAUGUCCGGCGGAGUUACCAGGCGUACGAACUUACGACACUCUACCACGAAAUGCUGAAUGAGAAUGUCUUUAUUGUCGAGUUCCAGUUUAGCUUGCCAUCCUCACAUCCAAACAGAUCUCUCCAGAAAGUUCCAUCUAGCAAGACAAUACUUUCGAUGCCAAGGGUACGGAGCCUAAGUGAUGAUCUUUUUGACCUCGCCAACCAGCCAUAUGUGUGUACACGCACGGGAGUCAUGGCAGCCUUCAACUCCAUGGACGAGUUUGAGAGGAACUUUGAUGAAAUCAUGAGUCGCUUCCAGCCUCCAGAAGUGACGCCGCCGUUCUCCCCCAUGCAGGGCUACCGCCGAACUGAUUUCACCUUUACUGAGAAGAAAAAGGACUCAAGGCUAGAAGAAGAGCCCAUCCACAUUAUCAACAUCGCCCUUAAAAUCAGUGCCAAGCACAAGAAGCUAGAAGAAUGCAAGCAGAGGGUGUACGAAUUCACCAAGUCAAAGAAAGACGUUUUAAAAGAGAAAGCAAUCCGUCGCAUCACCUACCACAUCUGCGAUUGUCAUGGGAUGUUCCCUUGGUACUUCACCUUCCGCGCAAGGGAUGAUUUUGAAGAAGACGAGAUUUAUCGCCAUUUAGAGCCCGCGCUGGCCUUCCAGCUCGAAAUCAACCGACUGAGAAACUUCGACCUAGAACUGGUGCCAAUCACCAACCACAACAUUCAUGUCUACCUUGCCUCGGCCAAGAAGGUCUCAGCCAAAGUUGAGGUGACAGAUCAUCGGUUCUUUAUUCGCACCAUCGUGCGACACUCUGACUUUAUCACUAAGGAAGCGUCGUUUGAGUACAUGGAGAAGGAAAGUGAGAUUCAACUUCUUGAGGCCUUAGAUCAGCUUGAGGUCUCGUUCAGCGAGACUCAAGUACGCACUGAUUGUAACCACAUCUUCCUUCACUUUGUGCCAUGUGUCAUCAUUGAACCGGACAGAAUUGAAGAGAGCAUCAGACAUAUUGUGAUGCGCUAUGGAAGAAGGCUCUGGAGGCUUCGCGUACUACAGGCCGAGAUUAAAGUCACUGUGAGACUGACCCCUAAUGGCGUCAAGAUCCCUCUUCGGAUGUUCAUAUCAAACGAGUCGGGAUAUUACCUCGACUGCUGUACCUAUAGAGAGGUUCCUGAUCCACGAACUGUUGGGCAAACAAUUUUCGAGACGUACGGCCAAAAGCAAGGCCCCCUUCAUGGUCUCCCCACCAGUACCCCCUACGUCACGAAGGACCAUCUGCAACUCAAGCGCUUUUCCGCACAGUCUCUAGGGACCACCUACGUGUACGACUUCCCCGAGCUAUUCAGACAGGCAGUAUCCAAACAGUGGGCCAAAUGGAUUAAACUCUCUGGUGAACCACUACCAUCACCGGAUCUGAUUAAAGCGACUGAGUAUGUCCUGGACGAAAACAAUGAGUUGCUGUCAAUCAAUCGUCUGCCAGGAGAGAACGCGAUCGGCAUGAUUGCGUGGAGGAUGGAGUGCAUGACAGUGGAGAGUGCUCCCGCACGCAGACAGUUCAUCGUGGUCGCAAAUGACAUCACCCACAUGAUUGGCUCGUUCGCACCGCAAGAGGACUUGUUGUUUAAGAAAGCAUCAGAACUCGCUCGCUCUGAAGGUAUCCCGUUCAUUUACAUCGCGGCGAACAGUGGUGCACGUAUUGGUGUGGCCGAGGAAGUGAAACACGUGUUCCAGGUCGCUUGGAAUGAUGCCAAAGCACCGGAAAAGGGAUUCAAGUAUCUAUACGUCGCCCCGAGCGAAUUCAAAAAGUUGAGUGCUACGAAUUCCAUCCACGCAGAGCUUAUUGAAGACGAUGGAGAGUCGCGAUAUCGAAUCAAGGACAUUAUAGGUCGUGAUGAUGGUAUCGGUGUGGAGAAUUUAAAAGGCUCAGGGAUGAUCGCAGGAGAGAUGUCAGCUGCGUAUGACGAGAUUGUCACGAUCAGUUUGGUUACGUGUCGUGCAGUUGGAAUAGGGUCGUACCUAGUCCGCCUCGGCCAAAGAGUCGUUCAGUGUGAAAUGUCUCACUUGAUUCUAACAGGAUUCAGCGCUCUCAACAAGGUCCUGGGCCGCCAUGUUUACACGUCUAACCUUCAGCUAGGAGGCCCACAGAUCAUGCAUCAUAAUGGAGUUUCUCACCUCGUUGUUCCUGAAGACUUUGAAGGGAUUGCAGCUAUAAUGAGAUGGCUUUCUUUUGUUCCUCUACGUCGAGACGGUCCUCUUCCAGUGUUAAAAGUGCUCGAUCCUGUGGAUCGCGAUAUCGACUUCGUGCCCACUAAAACCCCGUACGACCCACGGCACUUCAUCGCGGGGUGUCGCCAUCCGACACAAGAAGGGGUCUGGCUAAAUGGCUUCUUUGACAAAGAUUCGUUUGUGGAAUCGAUGGAAAACUGGGCCAAGACGGUCGUAUGUGGCCGCGCAAGGCUGGGUGGUAUACCAAUUGGUGUUAUUGCCGUUGAGACCCGUGCAGUGGAGGUCUCCAUCCCGGCAGACCCCGGGAACUUAGAGUCGGAGUCCAAGAUAAUCACACAAGCAGGCCAAGUGUGGUACCCAGACUCCGCGUACAAGACCGCGCAGUGCAUCCGGGACCUUAACAAGGAGCAGCUACCACUGAUCAUCUUUGCCAACUGGCGUGGCUUCUCAGGCGGAAUGAAGGACAUGUACGAAUCCGUGUUGAAGUACGGUGCUUAUAUCGUGGAUGCGUUGCGUAACUACGAACAGCCCGUCUUCAUCUACCUGCUGCCGAAUGGCGAGUUGCGCGGUGGAGCAUGGGUAGUCCUGGAUCCCAGCAUCAACCCAGAAGCCAUGGAGAUGUACACAGACGCCGAGGCCAAAGGGAAUGUUUUAGAGCCUACUGGGACUGUGGAAAUUAAGUUCAGGCGGAAAGACUUGGUGAAGUCGAUGCGUAGACUGGACGCUAAGCACAUUGAGCUGUGUCUCGCGCUCUCCUCGCCAGACUUGUCAAUGAGAGAUCGUAAAAGUCUGGAGAAGAAACUGAAAGAUCGCGAAGACGAGCUACUGCCAAUGUACCAACAGGUGGCCAUUGAAUUUGCUGAUCUUCACGAUACACCAGGGCGUAUGCUGGAGAAGGGGGUUGUGUCGGAUAUCUUGCAAUGGAAGAAAUCCAGGGUGUUCUUUUAUUGGCGGCUGAAGCGAAUUCUGCUUGAGCGGACGGUCAAGGCAAUGCUCAAGUCAGCUAACAGUGAUCUGUCGACUGGACUUCUAAAGUCGACUCUCGAGAGGCUAUUUUUGGAAGCUCACGGCACAGCAAUGUCCUACCAGUGGAGUAAUAACCAGAUCGUAGCUGAGUGGCUGGAAAAAGAGCUCGACCAAGAGGAGGGCUCCGUCAUACGGGAUAACAUCAAGUGGACCAAGCGGGACCGGGUCCUCAGACAGAUCAAGACGCUAGUUCAAGAGAACCCCGAGAUUGCCAUGGACUCCAUCGUGCACAUCACCCAGCAAAUGAGCUCAAGUAAGCGUGCAGAGCUUUCGCGCAUCCUCACUACACUGGACGCUAGAGCAGCAGUAGAAACUUCUAACGGGGAAAACAGCUCAUAGCACCCUCGCUACUCCGGGCAUUCGCGGAGUCUUCUGCUAAAUACACAAAUACAUGGCACCCUUUGCUAUGUUGGACAUCAAGGCCGCAAUGGAGGCUUGUAAUGAAGACCCUAACUCACAGUUCCCUCGCUAUACCGAACUAUUAGGACAUUGCCGAUAUUUCAAACUUUCUUGUGUCAACAAACGAUUAUCUUAAAUUAAACGAAGCACUAUUUGGUUUAUACAUGGCCAGCGGCCAUAAGAUACCACUAUUUUUAUCUAAUAAAAAGCGAAUCUUAAUCUGAAAA